UGAAAAUGUGACAUAACUUGUAUUGGUAUUCUGGAUAUUGUCACUUUUUGGCGAAUUGCGAUAGUCAAUUAACUAAUAAAAUGUUCUGCGAAGGUAGCAAAUAUGGAAUUAAAAGUGUUCAGCGUGUUUAUCGUUCACAACUGGGUUUUCACGUAUGCAACACUGACAAGAUAAAUAAAAUGACCUUUCAUGCCGCGAUUUGAUUGGGGAAUUUGAGCUGUUGUUGUGAAGAUAUCUUUAUCGCAAACGGCAAGCUGCCACAUAACCUCUACGGUUGUGAUAACGGAUAUCGUUAAUUAUUUUCAUUUGAAAUUUAUAUUUAGGUAGCUGAUUCGUAGGGUUAUUUAACAAAAUAAUUCUAUUCAUGAAUCACCGCGCAAGAUUGUAAUGUUUAUUUAAGACUCAAAGUGUCGUACGGCAUUCUAUAGUGUAGUUGUGGGAAUUACCCAGUGCCAAAAAUAGAUUCUUGGGACUCCUACUUCUCAUCAAAUAAAUUCAGUCGCAACGAAGUGGUUGAGUUAAAGCGAAAGUGGCAGUUCAAAUCGUAAAUACUAAGUAGAAGUCGUGAAUAAUUUUGGGUUUUUACAACACACACACCUUUUAGGAGUUUGUGGAAAUCAUGGCAGAUAACUAUAAGGAGCAAUUAACUCAAAUUUUUUCUGGUGCUAACAUAUCAGAGCAACAAAUCGAUGAAGUCAUUAACAUUGUGUUGGAACAACAAGGUUCCGUAGGUCCUGAACUACUUCUGGAGGAGAUGAUAAAUUUGCUAGUAGUGUCUGGCGAUUCCACAUUAGCUAAUAAUCAUGACAAUAAUGAAGAGGGGGCGGUCGGUAUUACUGUUAAUGAUAAUGGUGUUGGAAAUUUGCCCAAUACUGAUGCAAGCCGUGAUAAAGAUCCCAUCGAUGUCUGGGAACAUCUAAAACAAAUGCUGCCAAAUGCUGAUCCUAACUAUCUACGAAAUCAAGCAAGAGUUUUGGUAAACAGACCCCCAGGUGAACUAGCUCAGUUCAUUGAAAAUGCUAUAGAAAAAAAUGAUUACCCCACAAUGCAGGACUAUCUCAUGACCCAAGAACUUUUGGAAGAGUUUGAUUUAUAUAUUGCGAAAUUUAACGUCACUGCAUACUUAAAAGAGGUUGCAACUCCUCUUGAAACAUAUCUGGAUCCAAAACGCAAAGCUCUAUUGUCAGAUGAAUCCGAUCCAGAUGAUAUAGAAUUCGCCUUGAAUUUCCUUCAGAAUCACUUUUUGUAUCAACGUAGAAAAGAGAUAGAAAAGGUGUUUUUACAUUUUGACCGCAAUUUACUAAAAACGUGCAAUAAACUAAAAACUUGGCCAAAAGCUUUUCGCCACCCAAGACAAGCUGGUAAAUGGAAAGAAUGCAAAAACACUGAGUUAUUGAAAGAGAUUUCAUUUUUCAAACAUGAGAAAGCCAUUAGACAAUUUAUAAAACAGAAAGAUGAGAAGUACAAGCAUGCUUUAGAAGAAGCUAGAAGGCACGGACUUCUGCAAACUUGUGCUUGUUGUUAUGAUGAUGAAUUAAUACCAGAGGAGUGUCAUUUUUGUAAGAAAGGUUGCACUUUUUGCAAAAAUUGUGUAAAAACUGGAGCUGAGUAUGUCAUUGGAAGAGAAGAAACACGAUUUCCCUGCCUGGCAGAGUGUUCUUCAGAAUUUGAUUAUUCUACACUGCAGAUGGUUUUAGAUUCAAAGACACUAGAGGGCGUGUGGCACAGAAAACAAAUUGAAGAAAUUACAAACGCCGAUAUAGAUGGUUUAGAAACUUGCCCAUUUUGUUAUUAUCGCAUGAUCCCUAAUGAAGGAGAUAAAGUCUUUAAAUGUCAGAAUGUAGACUGCAUGGUAGAAUCCUGUAGACAGUGUCGCCAUAAGUCUCAUAUUCCUCUUAGAUGUAACGAAAUUGAGUUUGAUGAAGACGUUAGAAUGAGAACUUUUAUUGAAAAUAAGAUGACUGAGUCUCUUCUGAGACAUUGUUGGAAGUGCUCUAAGCAAUUCUACAAGGACUCUGGUUGCAACAAAAUGACGUGCCAUUGUGGUGCCAAAAUGUGCUACAUAUGUGGAGCGGCCAUUAAUGAUUAUUCUCAUUUCGGCGCUGGAGGGUGUCCUCUAUGGACAGAAAAUUUGCAAGAAUUGCAUCUGAAUCGUGUGAUGGAAGGCGCUCGUGCAGCCAAAGAUGAAUUGGGAAUCACAGUUGAUCCAGAUCUACUGAAAUUUGAUCCUACAAGAAACGUAGAACGCGAUGUCAUAUAAGAUUUUUGUUUAUGUCUUUUCUAGUUUACUUUACCUUAUCGUUAAUGAGUAAGAAUAAGCAAUGUCAGUGGCCUUAAUAUAACUCAUCUGUGAUGAAAAUUUUUUAAGAUGUGACAUAUCAUUGUAAACCUAUUUGACUGCUGUAUAUUAUAUUAAGAUCACAGUUAGGUACUGCUUUGUGGAGUUUAUAUUUUAUUAUCAUUGUACAUGGUUAAUUCACAUUUUAAAUAUGCCAUAUAAUCAUAGUGUAUAAGAACAAUCUUUAUGUUUUUUUACAA